GCGCGUGGCUGGAAAACGAUAGCCAAGGCAUUACAGUUUGUGUCCCCACUCAUUACUGCUGCAAAGCCAAUGUCUACUAGCAGUCCUCCAGCAAAGAAAGCUAAAUCAGACAUGAAGAUUGGAACACAUAACGGAUCUUUCCAUUGUGAUGAGGUUUUAGCAUGCUUUCUCUUAAGACAACUCCCAAAGUACAAAGAUGCACAGAUUACAAGAACACGUGACCCUGCUUUACUGGACACAUGUGAUAUAGUUGUUGAUGUUGGAGGAAUAUUUGAUGCAGAGAAAAACAGAUUUGACCACCACCAAAGGACUUUUAAGGAAACCAUGAAUAGCCUAAACCCAAAAAAGCAUUGGAAUACCAAACUGAGCAGUGCUGGACUUGUGUAUCUCCACUUUGGACAUGAGGUUCUGAAACAAAUACUCGAGUUAACUGAUGACGAUCCAGUCCUAGACAUAGUGUACGACAAAGUUUACGAUAACUUUGUGGAAGAGAUUGACGCUGUGGACAACGGUAUUGAUCAGUAUGAUGGAGAAGCAAGGUAUCAAAUAAGUACAACUCUCAGCAAUCGUGUUCGACACCUCAACCCAAACUGGAAUGAGGAUGCUGAAGAGGAGGUCCAGUUUAAGAAAGCCUACGACAUGGUUGGAGCGGAGUUUCUAGAUAGGGUUCUGUAUUACAAAAAGUCCUGGAUUCCUGCUCGGGAGCUGGUAGAACAAGCAAUCAAGGAAAGAGCAGAGGUUGACCCAAGUGGGGAGAUUGUGACUCUGAAAAGUGGUGGCUGUCCCUGGAAGGACCACCUGUUUAACAUUGAGGAGGAAAUGUGUCUGUCUCCAAAACUCAAAUAUGUCCUGUAUACAGACAACAGUAAGAAGUGGAGGAUACAGUGUGUCCCUCUAAAGAUAGGCUCCUUUGAAAACAGACUUUCUCUCCCAGAGGAAUGGCGAGGUAUACGAGAUGCUGAAUUGUCAGAAAAGUCUGGUAUUCCUGGCUGUAUAUUUGUACAUGCUGGAGGUUUUAUAGGAGGGAAUGAAACUUAUGAUGGUGUUCUAGAAAUGGCUAGGAGGAGUCUCAAACAACAGAAUAAAAAUGGUUCCUAAACCCAUACCACAAGAAAGCGGCGGAGAUACAUGACACUAGCAAUUCUGAUGAGAGUGAAUGUUCACUGGAUACUAAAGGAAUGUUUCCAUCAUCAGAACAAUAAUUGUCUGGCUACUACAAGAUAAAAGUGUUUAAAUGUUAGGAAAAGAAUUCUCAAAUUUGAUAAUCAUAAUUGUGUCGCCUGCAGAGCUGACAGACACUAUGGAAUCACUUUGUCCGUUGUCACGCGUCGUCGUCUGUACGAAAGUUUUCUGGACUUUUUUCGGUAAUACUUCGAGUUAUCAAAAUGAAAUGUGGCAUAUGGCUUUUUGUUGCAAGGGUACAGAUUAAGAUCGAUUUCCGGCUGUCUGUGACCUUUUUUGGUAGAGUUAUGCCCCUUUGAACUUUGAACUUUGUUUUCUUGACUUUCUUUGGUUAUGCUUCAACUUAUAGAAAUGAAAUUUGGUAUUACAACUUUAUGGUUGAUGGUUGAACAUCCAGUUCAAUUUCUGGGUGAUCGUGACACUUUAUGCAGGCGACACACAGUUCCGAGGAACUCUUGUUCAAACUAUGUGCAGACUGCCUUGCAAGAAAUCAGAGUUUCAAGUCUGUUGAACAUGGACUCUUAGAAAUACUGCAUUUAUGUUUAAGAUGAUAUUAGAUAUAAGAACAAUUUUAUCCACAGAUAUUCACAGACUCCACAUUUUGUUUAUAUUUCAUUGCCAAUAAAAAAAAACAAC